UUCUUACACCUGGAUGUCUCAUACGCAUCGCAUUUAUCCCCAAAUGAACUUUCAUCGCUUUUCAUCUGAAGGAGGUAGAGCGAGGAAGGUAUCGUUACGUACCGGCGAAGAAGUACCUAGGUAGCGAUGGGCGAACUGGUGGCGUGGUGGAUCUCAAACCAUUCCAGCCUUCCCUAUUGGGCUGAGAUACCUUGGACCAUCCUUCGAGUUUCACGCAUCACCCUCACUUCCAACUUACCCUCCGAUCUCCAAAUGCUUCACAGCAUCUACCAAAGCUCGAUGCAAAUUGGACCUCACAAUGGCAGAAACAAAGACCAACGCUGAGGUUUCCAACCCCGGCAAGCCCACUCUCCACCACCUCGACCAUUCGCAAUCCCAACGCAUCCUUUGGCUCCUCGAAGAGCUUUCAAUCCCCUACAACCUCGUCCUCUACAAGCGCGAUGAGAACAAACGUUCUCCCCCAGAACUCUCGAAAGUCCAUCCUCUCGGCCGAUCCCCCGUCCUCAUCACCCCAGAUGGCAAAGUCCUGACCGAGAGCAUGACGAUCGCAACCUACCUCCUCGAAACCUACGAUCCGUCCAAGAAAUUCGCUUCCAAUGAUUGGAUCCGCGACAUGACAUUAACCUCCUUCUCCGGUACAAGUCUGUUAGAUCUGGCAGACACCGAACUCUUAUUCGAUUUAGCAGCCAAACAUACUCCCUGGCCAUUUGUCUACAUAACUCGCAAGAUCAAGAAGUCGUAUGAUAGUUUCUUCUCUGCGGCGGAAUUCAAGAAAGAUAUGGAGUUCUUGACGCAGGAAUUGGGUGAGCAGGAAUGGUUCAAUGGCAAAGAGCCAGGAAGGGCAGAUUUUAUGCUUAGUUGGCCCAUGGAUAUGAUUGCGGCGAGAGGAUACGUUGAUUUUGAGAAGGACUGGAAGACUUUACAUGCUUGGAGAAUGAGGAUACUAGCUCGACCAGCUUGGAAGAGUGCGAUCGAUAAGGGAGAGGGUUAUGAUCUACGCUCUUGGUAAUAUCUUGCCCCUGGCGGGUUACAGAUUGAACAUGUGCUUGGAUACAGUUUUACCUUCUGAGGGGACGUGAGAACAUAGA